AAACCAAAUCCCUGGACUCGCCGCCUUCAGGACUCCUCCCCUCAGCAAGAGGCUUUAAAACCACUUGUUUUCAAACCAUUUUCUCAUAUGUUGUUGAGGAACUGUAUUUUUUGGGGUAGUAGGAACAGUUUUGAAAAUGUUUUCAGCAGCCACAUGGACUCUUUUGGCUCUCUUCCUCACCCUGUUACUGCUAUAUGGAGUCUGGCCUUACAGGUUUUUCAAAAAACUCGGCAUACGAGGACCAACACCUCUGCCUUUUAUUGGAACAAUGCUGAACGUGUUAAAGGGAUUGUUACCCUUUGACCGUGAGUGUCAGGCCAAGUAUGGAGAUGUCUGGGGUUUGUUUGAUGGACCAACGCCAGUAAUGAUGGUUACAGACCCUGAGAUUAUCAAAACUAUCCUGGUAAAGGAGUGCUACACCGUGUUUACCAACCGCAGGGAUGUUUUUGGAUCGGGUGGACCUUUGGAUGAUGCAAUCACAGUCGUCAAAGAUGAAAGGUGGAAACGAAUUCGCAGCACGAUUUCUCCGUGCUUCACCAGCGGGAGACUCAAACAGGUUUUUCCCUUCAUCGCUCGCUAUGCAGACCGACUUGUUGAAAAAGUCGAACAAAUGAAUUUGGAGGAGCCAAUAGAUGUCAAACAGUUUGUGGCACCAUUCAGUUUGGACGUGGUGACCAGCGCUUCUUUCAGCGUGGAGAUCGACUCCAUCAACCAUCCUGAUGACCCAGUUAAUGCUCACGUACAGAAUAUGAUGAAAUUCAGAGUUCUGCCAUUUCUUCUCUUAAUGAUGUUUCCCUUCAGUCGGCAUCUGCUGAAGCUCUUCAAAUUUGAAGUUUUCCCGCGAGUUAGCCUGGACUUCUUCUACAACAUCAUCAAAAAAUUUAAAGACCAACACAAAACGGAGGAAUCGACUCAUGGAGACUUCCUGCAGGUGAUGGUUCAGAAUGAGAUCCCAGAAAGUGACAUAAAGAACAAUCAGGAACAACCAACUAAAGGUUUGACUGAACAUGAGAUCCUCUCUCAAGCUGUGAUGUUCAUCUUUGCUGGCUACGAGACCACCAGCACCACCCUGAAUUACAUCUUUUAUAAUCUGGCCACAAACCCUGAUGCAAUGCAGACGCUGCAGGAAGAGAUCGAUGAAGCUCUUCAGAGAAAUACCUGCUGGUCGUACAGCGAGCUGUGUAACCUGAAGUACCUGGACCAGGUUAUUUGUGAGUCGUUGCGUUUGAUUCCCACCGCACCUCGGCUCGAGAGGGUUUGCAAGAAGACGGUGCAGGUAAACGGGCUCACCAUACCUGAGGGAACAAUAGUUGGGAUUCCGGUUUAUCUUUUACACAUGGACCCACGCUACUGGAGCGCUCCAGAGCUUUUCAAACCAGAGAGGUUCAGUAAAGAGCACGAGGAGGAGCUGAACCCGUACGCGUACAUGCCAUUCGGCCUCGGCCCUCGUAACUGCGUUGGGAUGCGCUAUGCCAUCCUCGUCAUCAAGAUGAUCCUUGUGCGUCUCCUGCAGAGUUACACUUUGGAAACAUGCAAAGACACCGUGAUCCCCCUGGAAUUUGACUGGAAGUUUCAACCAACCAAACCUAUAAAACUCAAAUUUGUUCCCAGAAAAUCCUAAUCCAAGAGGGUCUAAUCCAGUCGUAAUCCACCUCUGGAUUCUUAUGAAGCAUACAUUUUGGAUAAUUUUGUGUUUAAUGUAAGUUUUGUACCCCUUUCCUUACAUCUUUUUUAAUCACAAGUUUUAUUUUUCUCAUUUUCAUGUUUUUUAAUCAUUUUUUUAAUCUUUUUUAUUUUUGUUCCUGUGAAGCGCCUCGUGGUUUUUAUCUUGAGAGCCGUUAUCUAAAAGAUCAUUUUCUUUCUUUCUCACCGCUGAUUAUGAAAUAAAUCAAACAUGAUCGAUGUUGAUUAAUCAGAUGUUGUUUAUUUACUGUUUGUUUUGUUCCUAAUAAGGUUUUUUGAUUACCUAAAUAAGAAAAAUAUUUCAUAUUUUCAUUUCGUGAAGAGGGGUGUCUUUUGCUUUUACUUUCAAGUUCAUCUCAAAGAGCUUGAAGUUAUUUUUAUCUGAACACAUGUUUCUACAAACACGCUGCAAUAAAUCUGAUUUUUUUUUACUUUUAGGUAAAUUUACACAUUUAUAUAUUCAAUUUUAUUUUAUUUACCCAUUACUUUUAAUGUAAAAUGUACAUUGUAAGGCUUUUAUUGCAAUGACUGUAACCCUUUUUUAUUCUGGGUUUAUACAUAAUAAACAUACUGUUUAUAAUCACAAA